ACUCAAACUUUCACUCAUUACCAUCAUUCCCAACCCUCCCCCCUUGUUUGAAGCUUGGGUCUCUCUUCCUCCCACACUCUCUCUGUCUCCUGAGGUUUUUUCCUUCCUGACUUUGUUUCUUCUUCCUCUUCCUCCCCGCUCUUUCCCCUUGUGAAUGUCUGAGUGUGUGUGUGUGUGUGUGUGUUUCUUGCCUGUCUUUUUAUCUCGUCGCUGGCUGCUGGGGUGGCAUUUCGUUCUUGUUCCCUCCACACUCUGCUGCUCCUCUUGGUUUAGCACAGCUGUCACAGCCCUUCUCACUCACUUUCUUUCUGCUUUUCACAAACACACACACUCAUGAUGACACACACGUCUUCUUCCUGCUGUCUCCUCUUCUGCCAACUUCAUGGUUUUUCUAUCUCAUGUUAAUCUCUCAAGCCACUUCCUUUUUUCUGUACAGAAGAUGAACACAUAGUCUCUCAGUCUUGAGUCAUAGACCAAUUAUCUCUAUAUUUACUAAUCUCACACAUCACUAUUCUCACAUUUACUUGCUCUGAGAGGUACAGCGAACACACACUCUUAUUUACCCACAAGCUCUCUCACCACCACACAUUGGUACAGCCUCUCUUCUCUCACUCUCUUCUCUUCCCUCCCAGUUAAACACACUCUCUCCCUCUCUCAGUCCUCAUCUGCACUAACAUGCCUCGUCGCAGCUUCAUUGCAGAGCUGUAAGCGCAGCUGUCCAUCACACGGACUGAUCAUAGGGGAGAAGCAAGAGGGGGAAAGAACAGAAGUCUCAUUUUCCCUCCUUGGAGUCCAAACAGCUCUUUCUGAUAGGAGGAGGAAGAUCGGUUUUCACACUGUCCUGACUCAGUUUGUCACCUCCUGCAGAAAGAGCGGCAGAGGAUGCAUGAGGAGCUGUGUGAGCUGGGAAGUUGGCGCUCGUUCUCUCACCCGUCCAUCUAUCAAUCACAGCUGAGCAAACUUUUUUAAAGAAAAGAAGAGGAAGAGAGGGGCAGUGGAGACUCGGGGGUGAGGAGGGAGAGGAGGAGGUGUGAGAAAGCUACCCUUUACCCCAGCUUGUCUGAGCACGUGUUUUCUCUCAGGAAGAGGAAAACAAAAGCAGCACCAUCCAUCCAGAGGCGUCUACCCAUGUGGCAGGAGGCUCUGUGGACCCGCGGACGCUACUUGCUGGAGAAGAACGAUGGAGGCGAGGGAGUCGAGGGGCCUGAGAGCCUGGGAGACGGGUGCCCCGGAUUCCAGGGGGAGGUGUACGUGGAGAGCGAGAAGCCUCAGGACUGGUUGUACGAGUCGUACUACAGAAUGAGCCAGCAGCAUCCGCUGAUCGUGUUCCUGCUGCUGAUCGUCAUGGGAACCUGCCUUGCGCUGCUGGCUGUUUUCUUUGCUUCAGGACUGAAUACAGAAGACCACUUGACGUUUCUGAUUGCAGUGUCCACUGCCCUCUUCCUCUUCCUGUCCAUCUUCAUCCUCGUCUGUAUUGAAUCUGUCUUCAAGCGGAUGCUGCGCCUCUUCUCUCUCCUAAUAUGGGCCUGUCUGGUCACCAUGGGUUACCUGUUCAUGUUUUCUGGGGGAAGACUCAGCCCGUGGGACCAGGUGUCCUUCUUCCUGUUCAUCGUGUUUAUUGUCUACACCAUGCUGCCCUUCUCCAUGAAAUGGGCCAUUAUUGCCAGUGGCAUAACCUGCCUCUCACACACUGUUACUCUCAGCAUCUGCCUGACAUCCACUGUCACAGAGCUGGAACCUCUGAUCUGGCAGAUCUUGGCUAAUGUGAUCAUCUUCACCUGUGGUAACCUGGUGGGGGCGUAUCACAAGCAUUUGAUGGACCUGGCGCUCAAACAAACUUAUCAAGACACCUGCAACUGCAUCAAGUCACCCAUCAAACUUGAGUUUGAGAAACACCAACAGGAACGUUUACUACUGUCCUUGCUGCCUGCUCACAUAGCCAGAGUGAUGAAAGCCGAGAUCAUUCAGAGGCUGCAGGGACCAAACUUCGGUCGAACUGAAAGCACCAACAACUUUCACAACCUCUAUGUGCAGCGACACACCAAUGUCAGCAUCCUCUAUGCAGACAUUGUGGGCUUUACCAGGCUGGCCAGUGACUGCUCUCCAGGGGAACUUGUGCACAUGCUGAAUGAACUUUUUGGCAAAUUUGACCAGAUUGCAAAGGAAAACGAGUGCAUGCGGAUCAAGAUCCUGGGAGACUGUUAUUACUGUGUGUCUGGUCUGCCUGAGUCGCUGCCUAACCAUGCCAGGAACUGCGUGAAGAUGGGCCUGGAUAUGUGUGAGGCCAUCAAGAAGGUCCGAGAUGCCACUGGAGUCGAUAUCAACAUGCGUGUUGGCGUGCAUUCAGGAAAUGUCCUCUGUGGUGUGAUCGGCCUCCGCAAGUGGCAGUAUGACGUGUGGUCACAUGACGUUACAUUGGCCAAUCACAUGGAGGCUGGAGGAGUGCCAGGGAGGGUCCACAUCUCCUCAGUGACACUGGAGCAUUUGAAAGGCUCAUACAAGGUGGAGGCUGGGGACGGUCAGAGCAGAGAUUCCUAUCUGAAGGAACAUAAAGUGGACACCUACUUGGUCAUCAACCCCAAGACCGAGAGGCACAGCCCUCUAUUAGGAGUGCGCUCUCGACCCUCUCUGGAUGGUGGGAAGAUGAGGGCGUCUGUCAGGAUGACCCGAUACCUGGAGUCGUGGGGAGCCGCCAAACCCUUCGCCAAUCUCCACCAUCGAGACAGCAUGACCGCAGAUAAUGGCAAGAUCAACACCACAGAUGUUCCAAUGGGACAGUACCACUUCCAGAGACGAGAGAGAUCCAAGUCUCAGAGGAGGAGGUUUGAGGAAGAACUCAAUGAACGAAUGAUUCGUACCAUCGAUGGCAUCAAUUCCCAGAAACAGUGGCUGAAGUCUGAGGACAUCCAGAGAAUCUCAUUGUUCUUUCACAACAAAGCUCUGGAGAAAGAGUACAGAUCCACCACGCUGCCUGCUUUCAAGUACUAUGUCACCUGCGCCUGCCUCAUAUUCUGCUGUAUAUUUGUAGUGCAGGUCCUCGUCUUGCCCAAAACUGCUGUACUGGGGAUCUCCUUUGGCCUGACAUUCCUGCUGCUGGCGUUGAUCCUGCUCCUUUGCUUUGCCGGUCACAUUCUGCAGGGGGGGAAGGGGUCCCUCUGCUCUCUGUCCUGGUUCCCGACUUCAUCUCGCAUUAUCGUCACCAACAACCCCUGGCUACGAUUGGUCCUCACCAUGAUGACCACUGCUCUCAUACUGGUGAUGGCUGUCUUCAAUAUGUUCUUUGUGGAGGAUCCUGGAGGAUCUUCAGAGCCAACUGCUUCCCCUGUGAAUCUAACCAACGACAGCCUGUUUGACUAUAUUGAAGAAGAAACUGAUAAAAACAAGUUUUACUUGCCGUACUUCAUCUACUGCUGUAUUCUGGGCCUGGUGUCAUGCUCAGUCUUCCUGAGGAUAAACUACGAGCUGAAGAUGGUGGUGAUGCUGGUUGCUGUCGUGAUGUACAACAUCAUCAUUCUCCAAACACACGCCUCACUGCUGGAUGAAUUUAGUAAAGCCAUGUACCCAACUAAUACACUAGAUAGACCAGGGGUCCUGAAGGAUCUGAAGACCAUGGGUUCUGUGUCUUUGUUCAUCUUCUUCAUCACGUUACUUGUACUAGCCAGACAGAAUGAAUAUUACUGUAGGUUGGACUUCUUGUGGAGGGACAAGUUCAAGAGGGAGUGUGAGGAGAUUGAAACCAUGGAGAACCUCAACCGAGUCCUGCUGGAAAAUGUUUUACCAGCUCACGUCGCUGAGCACUUCCUGGGGCGCAACUGGAAAAAUGAGGACCUUUAUCAUCAGUCAUACGAGUCAGUGUGUGUGAUGUUCGCCUCCAUCCCAGACUUCAAAGAGUUUUAUACCGAGUCUGAUGUCAAUAAGGAAGGACUGGAGUGUCUUCGUCUUCUCAACGAGAUCAUUGCAGACUUUGAUGAGCUGCUGUCCAAGCCGAAGUUCAGCGGAGUGGAGAAGAUAAAGACUAUUGGUAGCACCUACAUGGCUGCAACUGGUCUCAAUAUGACACCAGGACCAGAGUGUGCACAGGCCAAACGUCAUCCAUGCAUCAGUGAUUCCUUUCUGCACAUCCGAGUACUUGCAGUUAAUGAACAUGACCGACAGUACAUGCACAUUGGUACUAUGGUGGAAUUUGCCUUUGCUCUUGUUGGGAAACUAGACGUCAUCAACAAACACUCCUUCAAUGACUUCAGACUGCGAAUUGGUAUAAACCAUGGGCCAGUGAUAGCAGGGGUAAUUGGGGCCCAGAAGCCCCAGUAUGACAUCUGGGGAAACAGUGUCAAUGUGGCCAGUAGGAUGGAGACCACUGGGGUGCUGGGCAAAAUACAGGUUACAGAGGAGACGAGUCGCAUCUUAUCAGCGCUGGGGUACAUGUGUUCAUGCCGUGGCAUCAUCAACGUAAAAGGCAAAGGAGAGUUGACGACCUACUUUGUUCACACGGAGAUGACCCGAUCUCUGUCGCAAGGGACUGUGAUGCCGUGAGCGAACCACAUUAAGAGAACAAACAGACUUGAAGACACAACUGCACGCUCCAAGUGACAUAAAAAGUGAUUUGUCAUCCUGUGUAAGUAAAGUCCAUUACAAAAAGCCAGCAGUGCAAUGGACUGACAAUUGUUUGAGAACUACUUUUGUCCUUAGAAACACAACGUAGAUCAGGGUCGAGGUGCACCAGCGCAGUCCUUCAACGCUGCACUUCAGGUGGUUUUUCACAUCUCAAGUCUAACAAGGACUUCACCCCCAAGGAGUCUCUUCACUGUUCAAUGGAGUGCCUGACUAAAGAGAGGUUUGCUACAUCAGUGCAGCUCUCAAGGACCGCAGUCACCCCUCUGUACAAUAGUAGUGGUGUGGAGCUAAUUACCCAUGCCGGUGUUGCAGUGCUUUAGAGCCUUAUACUUGAGCAAACUGAGCUGCCUGUCAAGUUCUUUUUAUUUGUUUUGUUGUUUUUUUUAUCUCUCUGGUCUGCACUGAGAGCUGGUUUGUUCCAUUUCAUUCCAAAUGGAUGUUACAAUAGUUUUCUUGUCAUAUAAAGCUGUUGAUGCCAACAAAUUGCCAGUGUGGUGAGUAGUUUGCCAAAAACCUGUGAUUUGUAUUCAUAGCUUUAUAGCUGCGUUUGUGUCCCACGCGAGCAGGUGGAAUCAGACACACGAAUCAAGAGGGAAUGUUGCUUUUUUUAUAAUCCAUCUGGAAUCAAACCAACAAUGUGUGUAAAUGCUCACUGCCAUCCUUUUGUUAUUCAUUAAACAUUUGUAUUUAAUUUAUCUUCUCUGUCCAAGUGUCAUUGUUUGAGUGUCCAGAACACAAACACAUCAUGCAAAGGUAACGACUGAAUGAGUCGUUAUUUAUUUUAUUUCAGAUU